AUGCUUUUCAAGCCACUCGCCUUCGCGGCAACUGCUGCCGCAAUUCUCAUCGUCCCCCAAACUUCCGACAACGAUGAUGGCAUCUUUCGCGCCCUGCCCAUCGACAACAGCAACUUCGAUAUCCCUGCCACUGCAUUCGAUCAGGCCAUUGAUGUUCCUUGUCUCCAAUGCCGUGGCCACGAUACUCAUCUAAAACUCGAUUUCGGAAUUCAAGACCGUAGCCUGGUCCUUAACGGCUUCGAACUCUACCCUCAUGCCGACCCUUGGAAUGGCGACCUGUCAGCUGCUGUUAUCAAGGGCAAUGGCAAGAGUGACAUGCGCAGAUUGGGAUACGGUCUAGCCAUUCGCCCUGAGGGAAUCGAUGAGGAUCAGCAUCUAGAGAUUGUCAACGUCGAAGUUCGAAUUAUUGAGGUUGGCGACCGAUUCGUUGAUGGCGUUCCUCCCGUUACAGUCAAGCUUAUCAAGUCACCGGUUGGCGAUAUCAUGAUCGGAAACAUCGAAGUUAAUGGUGCCGGCAAGAAGUCACCAGAGGAUUGCGACAUGUGGUGCCGAGCCAAGGGUAUGGUUCAUGAUACUUGGAGGGAUGUCAAGGGCAAAUUCAAGGGCUGCCACGGAAUGAAGCCUCAUCACUCUCACGAGCACGGCCAUAAAUCCAACCACGGUCCCGGCAAGGCCGAGAACAAGCCUACCGACAACUUUAAGCAUGGCCCACUCAUGGAUAAGAAGCCCGGACAGUCUUUUGGUGAGGUCCUUGGACACGUUACCGCUUAUAUCAUUAUCCCUGUCCUUUUGGGCGUUGCUGCCGGUGUUGGAGUCGCAUUUUUCGCCAUGUGCCUUUUCAGUAUGGUUCAUCGUCUGGUUUGUCUCUUCCGAGGUGAAUCAGCAGAACCCAUUGAGCCUGCUCUUGGUGCCUGUCAUAAGGCUCCCAUUGCCGAGAUGUUUGUCGAGGAAGAGAAGUCUGGUCUCAUUGUUGAUGAGGAGGCUCUCCCCCAGUAUGAGCCACGCAACUAG